AUGACCGACGGGGAGGGCGUGCUGGUCCGCAUCCAGCUGGCCUCUCUUGAUCCAUUUCUUCGCUCUCAGCUCAGGGACUCCUCCUCCGCCUGGACUUACACUCCCGCGCUGCCUGUUGGUGAGCCGUUGUGCACGAGCGCCGUGGGCACCGUCGUGCGGUCCGACGCCGUCCAUGACCUCCCCGUCGGCGAGACUGUGUGGCUCGCCAGGGUCCCCUUGGCGCAAUAUGUAAUCCUCGAGGUGUCAGUUGCUGCUAAUCGUCGCCUGGUGGUGCCCAUCGGGGGACGUGUGAAGGGGUACAGCCUUGAUGCGGGUCAUUGGCUGGGUGUCCUUGGUGUUUCUAUGGGCGAGAAGAAUGAUACGCUAAUCUAUCAUGCUCUGGACAUCCAGCCCGGACUCACGGGCUUCGCCGGCCUCUACGAGUGCGGCCGGCCUAAGUCCGGCGAAACCAUCUUCGUCAGUUCGGCGGCAGGCACGGUCGGCCUGACGGUGGCUUAUUUUAGCAAGCGAGAUGGGCUCCGGGUCGUGGGAUCGGCCGGCUCAAUCGACAAGGUCGACUGGCUCCGACAAACUGGCAUAUUCGACGAUGCUUUUGUCUUCAACCGCCAAGACAGCCACGAGACGGGUGAGUCGUUGUUGCGCCGCGCUGCCCCGGAAGGGCUCGACAUCCACUUUGCAAGUGUUGGCGGUGCCCAGUUGCGCGCGGCAGCGACCUGCAUGAAGGUCCACGGGCGGAUCGUCGUGUGCGACGCCGUCGACGAGUAUGGCAACAUUGGAGGCGCCGACGACGAGCCUGGCUGCGCUACAACACCGGACUCUCCGUGGCUCUGGCAACCUGUCGUCUAUAAGAGGCUGACAAUCAGCGGGUUCCUCAUCACCGAUCUGGCCGGCAAGUACAUGGCGAGCUUCCAGCAGCAAAUAUAUGAGGGCAUAGAGAAGGAUGGCGGGCUCCCGAGGAUUGCGCCGCUGCAUGUAGUCCGCGGACUGGAUAAGGCGGCCGAGGCGUUUGGGGAUCUUUUCCGCUGUGGCAAAGUCAUGGGCAAGCUUCUGGUUCAGCCAUCUGAUUCUUGA